UUAUAUAAAGCGUAUUGAAAGAAACAUUCUACAAAGCAUCCAUUUGUUAUUAGCUUUCUUGUCCUGCAACCCAAAUGGCACUUGAGAAACAAUUGAAAUGGGAAGGCAAGGCAAGUGCAGAGCUAAAAGUGACCAGAACUUGCCAUGGUGUUGAAGGCACACCGGGGGUAGCCGGGUGCGUGUGGUUCUAUGCUGGGUUCAAGACUCCGGUUGAUCCUAAAAGUGACCAGAACCAAGACCAAGAGAAGGCGAACCGGACUAAGCAGAAGCUGCUGAGUAUAGACCCAGCAGAAAUGACAUAUAGUUACUCUAUCAUAGAUGGGAAUGUUGGGUUUAACUCGUACCUUUCGACCGUUCAAAUGGUGCCGAAGGACGCCGAGUGUACGAUUGUGUGGAAGUAUGAAGUUGAACCAGUGGAGGGAUGAAGGCUGGAGGAUCUGGACCUGUUUAUUGGCACUGGCUUGCAAGUCAUGGCAAGCAGAAUGGAAGCCUCUCUCCAGCUCCAAGUU